AUGCCUCCAAAAAAUGCAGCGCCUGAGCCUGAUACUCAACAAGAUCCUCCAAGAUCCUUACGAAAGCGAGGGCACCAAGAUCUCGAAUCCAUUCCCGAAAGCGACCUUGAAACAUCACCAGUGAAGCGACAACGAAGUGCACCUCAUCAUUCACCCAAAGUCACCACCGGAACGAAUGGCCAUACAGAGGUUAUACACCGAGAUGUGAUAGGAGACAGUGAUGCAAGCUCAUCCGAAUCAUUAUCAAGAGUCGACCCAGAUGAAACCCCUAAACCUGCACCAAAACGACGAGGGAGACCACCAAAGAAGCCUGUGAAUGGCGAAACUCCUACACCGAAAGCAACCCGUACUGCGCUUUUUGAAACGCCAAACAAGAAAACGUCAAUUGCUUUGAAUGGAGGAACACCUGGAGGAGGAGCAGACAGAUCUGCCAAGCGAAAGAGUACGAGAGCUCUCAUAGAACACGUUGUUGGCGACGACCUUACAGAUGAGGAGGAAUACGAUGGCCUUGCGCAGCAAAUCUACGAAUCUAGUGAAGACGAAGAAGCGCUCGAGGGCGAUAUUGCCAUUUUCACAGAAGCAUCAGGUGUAGAUGAAGCUCCGACACCUUCGAAAUCAACACCUCGCCGGAAAGCUCAGCGGAAAGCACCAGCUCGAUCUCCUACUCCUCCUCGCGACCUGCCUCCUCACGAAUUAUACUUUGCGCACAACAAACCUGGGCGGGCCAAGACUUCGAAUAAUACUCUGGGAUCACUCGCUCUACUUACACACGAUGAAUACUUUACUAUUAUGCGAGAAACCCAGGAUCACCAUGAGGCCGAUAUCGAGUUUCUGGAGAGUCUACAUGCCGAAUCAUUCCCGCAAUGGGCGUUUGAGUUAUCGCAAGGGUUCAGUUUGUGUCUAUAUGGUUAUGGUUCGAAGCGACGUCUCCUGCACAAGCUUGCUGGUCACUUGUACUCUACCAUUAGGAAGGAGAAGGGGGACAAGAUUGUUAUAAUCAAUGGUUACGCUCACAAUACCACUAUGCGCGAGGUAUUGAGCACAAUUGGUACGGCUGUUGAUCCGAGUCACCGUAUUCCUCUAACGCAACCUGCCGUUAUGGUCCCUGCCAUUCUUUCACACCUCGCUACAACGUCAUCAACGUUGACUCUGGUUGUCAACUCAAUCGAUGCAGCGCCUCUUCGUAAAUCUGGCUCGCAAUCUGCUCUGGCGCAACUCGCGGCGCAUCCUCAAAUAAGGCUGGUGUGCUCAGCUGAUACACCAGACUUUGCACUACUGUGGGACAUAGGUGUGCGAUCUGCGUUUAACAUGGCGUUCCACGACUGUACGACCUUUGCCCCAUAUGGCGCCGAGCUGGAUGUUGUGGAUGAGGUACAUGAGCUUCUCGGGAGGAAUGCUCACCGAGUCAAUGGUAGAGAAGGCGUUGCGUUUGUUUUACGAAGUUUGCCCGAGAACGCCAAGAAUCUGUUCCGCCUCUUGGUGGGUGAGGUGCUCAUUGCUAUUGAGGAGGAGGGCGACAGCGGCGAUGAGCCAAUUGGUGUUGAGUAUCGAAUGGUGUACAACAAGGCCGUGGAAGAGUUCAUCUGCAGUUCUGAGAUGGCUUUCCGAACCCUGCUGAAAGAAUUCCACGAUCAUCAAAUAAUCACAAGUAUGAAGGAUGCUCUGGGAACAGAGUUGCUGAGCUUGCCAUUUAGAAAAGACGAGCUAGAGGCAAUCCUGGAGGAUCUCAUGUCAUAA